AUGGCUGCAAUGCCAGAAAAGAUAGAUGGCCCGAUUGAACCUGGACAAGUUGCAGGUAUUGCCGGUGAGAAAGAUGUCCCCCUUCCGGCUUACAGCGACGCCGAUGCUCUCUCCAAGGAGAACCAAGGUCCCCUUGAGAUUGCAGAGGAGAUCAUCACUCAUGUCAUUCAUGUUGACGAUGACCCAACGCUCAGUCCAUGGACCUUUCGAAUGUUCUUUAUUGGUCUCGGAUUAUCGGGGUUCGGAGCCGUCCUCCAAGAAACCAUUUAUUUCAAGCCCCAAGUCAUCUCAGUCAUGUUCUUGACUGUCCUUGCGCAAACACUUGGUACUGCCAUGUCUACGUUCAUUCCCAGAAAGGGGCCCAUUGGUCGGUUCCUGAAUCCCUUCCCAUGGAAUCGAACGGAGCACACUGCAGCAGUCUCAGGCAUCAGCUGCAUCGGUCUCUGCUUUUAUGGAGGAUAUCCCAACCAAGUGGCGGGUAUUUUUAUUACCCUUUCUUCACAACUCAUUGGGUAUGGUGUUGCAGGCAUCAUGCGAACCGUUUUGGUGAAUCCCACUAAGAUGCUGUAUCCCAUCAACUUACCCAUCACCACUGUCAUGGAAACACUGCACAAGCCUAAAGCAGAGACCAAACAGAGAUUUCAGGUGUUUUGGCUUGUAUUUGUGGCCGUCUUCUGUUGGGAAUGGUUCCCCGAGGUUCUACAUCUUCCCACUUUAUCCGCGGUUUCGAUCUUCUGCCUGGCCAACCAGAAUAGCCUUGUCUUCACAAACCUAUUCGGUGGCUCCCAAGGUAAUGAAGGAAUGGGACUUUUGUCCGUCUGCUUCGACUGGAAUAACAUUGCCCGUUUCGGGUCACCACUUUGGAUGCCUCUUCAGACCUUGAUCAACAGCUUCAUCGGUUAUCUAGGAGGUAUUGCCAUUUCCAUGGUCCUUUACUACGGCAAUGUUUGGAGAGCUAUGGACUUUCCUUUCAUGUCUCAACUUCUCUACGACCAGAGCUCCAACUCCACCAGCUACGUUCAAUAUGAUGAGGCUGCAAUCAUGAACGCAGACUUUACUGUCAACAGCCCUCUGGUUGAUCAGACUGGGGCGCCUUACCUCACUGCAACAUAUGUGAACUAUCUCAUCACAUCCAACGCUGGUCUCACCGCCACGAUUGUACACAUGUUACUCUGGAACUAUGCCGAAGUGAGUCUUGGAUGGUCUUGGAUUACGCUGAAGGGUCUGAAGAAGCUUUUAGACCCUUCGCUUUACAUGUUCUGGCGACACACUGGCGUUCGAACUGAAGAAGAUAAGGAACGAAUCCGUCAGAAUCCCACCAUUGACCCUCACUAG